GAAAAGCACGCAUGAGACCAGAUUCACACAACACAGGCAAAGAACAAUGUCUCCUCAACCUCUCCAAAGUCCAUUACACUUCUACCACUACCACUCUCCAAUUCAAACACAAACACUGCCAGAUUCUGUUUAUAUAAUACUUGAAGUUGAAGCCUUUAACGCCACUCUUUCUUUUUGCACACCCCACAUGGCUCUUCUCCACAAGCUCGCACCUUUCACCUCUCUCCACACACCCUCCACCAAAACCUCCCAUUCCCCACCACCCCGCCGCCGCGUCAUCUCCUUCUCCGCCUCCCCCUUCACCGAGAAGCACUCCCUAGAGCGCUACCAGAGGGACCAAUGGGUCUACGAGAGCACCAUCCAAGAGGGUCAAUCUCAAACGACGCCGUUUCCUCUCCCGUGCGAUUCGGCGUCCUUAAGGGAGCACGACAUAGCGUUGCAGCUACCAGAGCUGAAGAAGCUGCUUCAGGUUCUGAGGGAGAAGAGAGAGUGCGGUGAAGAAGGUUGUGUCCCCGGGAACGUGUUCUUGGUGGGAACUGGACCCGGGGACCCUGAGCUUCUUACUCUCAAGGCUAUGAGAGUCAUCAAGAGUGCUGAUUUGUUGCUCUAUGACAGGUUGGUGUCCAAUGAUGUGCUGGAUUUGGUUGGCCCUGAUGCUAGGCUUCUCUAUGUGGGCAAGACUGCUGGCUAUCAUAGCAGAACACAGGAGGAGAUACAUGAGCUUCUUUUGAGUUUUGCAGAAGCUGGGGCAACUGUUGUGAGACUUAAAGGGGGUGAUCCAUUGGUGUUUGGGAGGGGUGGGGAAGAAAUGGAUUUUUUGCAACAGCAAGGUAUCCAAGUGAAAGUUAUUCCAGGUAUAACUGCUGCUUCUGGAAUAGCAGCUGAGCUGGGAAUUCCAUUAACACACCGUGGCAUUGCAAAUAGUGUGAGAUUCCUCACAGGGCAUUCAAGGAAAGGAGGAUCUGAUCCUCUCUUUGUAUCAGAAAAUGCUGCUGAUCCUGAUUCUACCUUGGUGGUUUAUAUGGGCUUGUCGACCUUCCCUUCACUUGCGCAGAAGUUAAUGCUCAAUGGUCUGUCCCCUCAGACCCCAGCUGCUGCCAUCGAGCGAGGGACCACACUUCAGCAGCGCACAGUAUUUGCUGAACUAAAGGACCUUCAUGAGAAAAUUACAUCUACUCAGCUGGUGUCACCAACACUGAUUAUAAUAGGAAAAGUUGUUGAACUAUCACCAUUUUGGCCAAUUCCUACAAAAGAAGAAUCAUGCUUAAUAAAAGCAUGAUGGAUGCUGAUGUAGAGAAAUAUUAUUGUGAAGCUUGGUGGAAAUGAAGGGUUACCUUGGUGAGGGUUGAUUUAGCAUGAAAGCUUGCAUGGAACAAGGGGUAAUGAUAACAUAAUUCGUAUCUACUCUGGAGGGGUGGGAAAGCAAGCAAGCUAUGUGAUGUUUAUUGAAAUGCAGAACUUCUGCCCUGCUUUUGGGGUAUCUAUUGGAGUGGUUGGCUUGGGAACUGAUUCAGAACCAAUUUUGAUUUUUCAUGUUACAGAUUGGGAGUAAAACAAAGUAAUACACAGAUUUACUCUCAUUUUUAUAAUGAAACACACCGGUUUUGACGGCCGCAGUUAUCUAAGUCAGGUAACUUAUCCUUUAAUCAUUGGAGAAAUUUUGUGCCAUAAGCUAUUUAGCAUCUUUCUUUCAGGAAGAAAUAUGGAGAUAAGUGUCAAGUCUGUGAUUUCAUAUGUUCAAUUUAUCAAUGUUGCUAUUCAGAGCCAUUGAUUCUAUUUUUCAUGCAUGUGUUCUUGCAACUUGAUGUUAGAGAUACUGCCGUCAUCAUGUAAACUUGGGGGUUAUUAGCAUUCAGUUUUGGUUUGCAUGUGACGUUGUAUUAUAAUGUCACAGUAGUUAUGAAAUAAAAUCAUGUACCUGAUGGUAUUAUUUUUUCUUUUCCA